GAAAGUGAUUGACUUUUUGAGUUUAAGAUUAAUUUACACAACUUCACAAGGAAGUUGUAUCUUUGAGUCAUCAGUUCACCUUCAGCUUCCAGGAGCCACAUGAAUGGAAAUAUCUGGUUAUUCAGUGAAAGUAAUGCCCAGCAGUAAAUACAUUGCCGUUGUGAAGAGAAGUUAUGUAAGGCUACACAUGUAGUGACAUAAUACUGAGACAGCAGUUUGGAGAAACACCGGUAGCGGGUGUGUGUUUGUGUGCAUCCUUAUAUCACACAGUUGUGUAAUCAGCUGUUAUAUAUGCAUUCCUGUAUCACUGGACAGACAAUCAGACUGUACGGCAGGGUCAAGUCUCUGGCAGCUCUUGUGCUCUUCUCAUCUCACCUCCAGCUAUCAGACACUCCUCCCCCUGCUGCUUUUCACCAAGCUGCAAGCCAAAAUCGCAUCAAGAUGACCUCCAAGCUAGAGGAAGCCAGGCACAAUGCACUGUGGGGACUGUGUAUAGCUGAUGCACUAGCCAUGCCUGUACACUGGUAUUACAACCCUGAGGACAUCAAGUACGGCUAUGGGGAUUGGCUGACUGGAUAUAGAGCACCCAAUCAAAAACACCCUAGCAGCAUCUUGUCCCUGUCUGCUGUGGACGGCAGUGGCCGCAGUGGCUGGCAUGCCAAGUCGAGACCAGUAGUGGGCAAUGUUAUCCUGCAAGGCAAGGAUAAGUACUGGAUGUCUUCGAACAGAAACACCCACUAUCACCAAGGUAUGAAGGCUGGUGAUAACACCCUCAAUGCCCUGUGUGCAGUGCGUGUGGCAGACAUCCUCAAGAAGACUGACCCAGAUGGCAAGCUGACCAACAGGGAGCUCCAAGCGGCUGUCCUGGAGGACUAUGUCCAGUUUUUGACCACACCUGACUCCCACAAUGACACCUAUGCCGAGUCCUUCCACAGGGCCUUCUUUAAGGACUGGGACAAUCUCGAUACUCCACCCAGGAAGGGGAAAGAGAUUUUGGAGUUUGCUGAGGAAAGAUAUGCCCAAAGAAUGAAAGAAAGCCCAGACUCCCAGCUAGCUGUGAUUGGUUCCUUUGUCAUGGCGAUUCCAUGGAUACUCCACAGAGCCAACCAAUCAGCUGAUGACUGUGCCAAAGCUGCAGUGGAGUUUGUUCGUCUUACCCACCCUGUGCCCAAUCUGGAAACCUAUGUGGAUCUAUAUGCAAGACUGUUGCAUGCAGUUCUCCAUGGAAAAAGUCUCAGGAAGGAGGCAAUGACAGUGCUAGAGCACAAAGAGAUGGGUGGAAGAAAGAAAUUGGAAAAAGUUUUGAAAUUCAUGGAAAAGGCAGAAAUGCUACCCCGUGGAUCAGAGGAGAGGUUGAACAUGUACCAGGAAGUGUCAUUCACACUGGGCUCAGCCUGCUAUAUUCAGGGUGCCAUGUCCACCAUGUUGUUCACUGCUAUGGAGUUUCAUGAAGACUUUGAAGGGGGUGUCUUGGCUAAUGCAAACAUUGGAGGAGAAAACUGUCACAGAGGGGCAGCACUGGGUGCCCUGCUUGGAGCUGCUACCACCCAUCAUGGUGUCGGAAUUCCUGCUAAAUUCAAAGCUGAACUGGGGACAUCUAGGGAGAAGCUGAGAGAGCUGACAUCAAUGAAAAAUGAGGGGAUUCCCAAGCCAUUUCAGGGGGUCUAAGUUGCAAUAAUUUCAAUUGCUCUCCACGUGAACUGUUCAGUAUAUAGAGAGCUGAAAAGUACAGGGAUGUCCAGACUGCACAAAGGAUAUGGUAUUAUUCAUAUAAUUAUCUGAAAGGAUGCUAGAUUUUUUUCCCUUGGUUUGAAUGUUAUAUUAAUUACAAAACACUAAGGACGGUACGGUCAGUAUUUGUAUUCAUCGUCAGGAUCUACUUUUUUGCUGCUUUUUGGGACUACCUCAGUAGACAUCUAAUCGCAUCUUAGGGGCAGAGGACAAAUUAGUGUCUUCUUUUAUAAUUAUUCUAACCACAUAAAACGAUGAAAUAUGAGACAGAAGAAUCACAGUCACUGCCCAACAUUAAUGGCAUGAAAGUUUCAGCUAUUAUAAUUAUGGUAUUUUUUGUGUUAUUAGAAAGGUGGGUAUUAUUUGCUCUCUUCUUGUUCGAGCGCCAUCUGUGUUCCUUCUUUUGUGUGAUUUUAGUUACCUCUGAUCUCAAGUGAUUGUUUAAAUCCCUUUGGUCUCACGCAGUUUUCUAUAUUAAUAGUUCAGGGUCAUAUUCAAACUUCCGUAUCUGACAUGUUUGUUGAUGAAGUUUCUCGUGAUCUUAAUUUCAUUUCAUCACUGUCUAGUCCUCUACCUCUGCUUUGUCAUGGUAAACUUUGUUGUAAAGAUAUUCAGUUCCACUGUCAUACAUUCUAAGGAGGAUUAUAGAGGUAUGAUGAAGGUGUGUAGUUAAAUUUGUUUCUUAUUGAUAUAUACAAAUUUAAUUACUAUGUUACUGAUUUGCUUUUAUUGUUGUUUUAGGGUACAAUACUGACACCAGGUUUUUUUUCAAUAAAGAAUACUGAAUCCCAAACUGCAUCAUUUUACUUUUCGACUGAACUCGUU